CGUUGUUAAUUACGGCCUGUCAUUAGUGAUUCUGUCUUUUCAGAUGCGAGCUGUUGACUUCAAUCCUUUCUCCUGGGACAGCGACAGCAAGAAGGUAAAAUCAAAUGUAGUCAGUCUCGAUUUCCAAAAUGGCAAUGGAAAGAAGAUUAAUGUAUCCAACCUUGAUAACGACAUUGAGAUAGUUAUUCCGAUUUCGAGUCCAGCAACAAACAUCAGCAACGCAACUGAACAUUAUUUCCUAAAGCCGAACCGAAUGUUCUUCCACAGUUACUACGCAGAACUAGCAAAUGUCCCCGUUUCUAUGAGAAUCGGUGUGCCGGCAGAAGGUACAGUUAUUAAAUUAUUUGUUAAAUUUGGAUCAAGACCUACGAUGGAAGACUCUGAUCACAACUUCACUAUACUGUUCACGUCAACAUGUAGAAACCAAGUCGAUUAUCAACAAAAUAAAUCAACAUCCUGCGCACUUGAAGAACGCUCUGUAACAAUAGUGCCUUAUGAGCCAAGUCUUCUUUAUGUCGGUCUGGUGCUUCUAGAUGCUAACAAUGUCACCGAUCAUGCUAGAAAAAGACGGUCAUGUUUUGGCCAUGGCCGCGAAAAACGGUCAUGUGUUGGAGUUAAAGAGCCCCCUUCUACAGGAGUCACAAAAGUGAAUGUUCCGAAGUAUGAUCCUUUAACAGAUGUCAACUACACGUUUACUAUUACCCAAUCGAGUUGUUUGUACUGGUCUGAAGACAAAGAAAAGUGGACCUCCGACGGUUGUAAGGUUGACCCCAGCUCAAACAUCACUCACCUUAAAUGCCUUUGCAAUCAUUUGACAUCAUUUGGCGGAAACUUCAUUCAAGCACCAAAUCCUAUUGAUUUUGACAAGGUUUUCACUGAGUUUACGCGGCUUGGUGAAACUGGUAAUAUCUCGGUACUUGUGACAAUUGCAUGCGCUAUUCUCCUUUACUUCAUAGUGCUAAUCUUUGCAAGGAGGGCUGACAAAAGAGACGAUAACAAGAUUAGUCCUCCAAAAUGUAUAAACGUCGUCGAAAAAGGAACCUACGUUUACGACAUGGUUAUCAGCACUGGUGUUUGGAAACAUUCAGGAACAACAGCUAACGUGUCCGUCAGUAUAGAAGGCGAAAUAAAUGAACAAAAGCUAAUUCCACUUAGGAGCAAAGGAGAAUCAAGCGAAUUAUUUGCAAGAGGAAGUAUCGACGGGUUUGUUCUGGUCACAAGCCAAACCUUAGGGACCUUAAAAGAAAUAACAUUAGAGCAUGACAAUUCAGGAGAUAAUCCCUCUUGGUUUGUAGAGACGGUUGUCAUCAAAGACCGGCAGACAGAGCAAAGGUGGAUGUUCUCAAUAAAUCGAUGGCUUGCCGUGGAAAAGGAUGAUGGAGAAAUAGAGGUUACUGUCAACACUAAGAGUACAAAUUCCUUUUCAGAUCAGGUUCGUUCACGGUUUGGAAGAAAAAUUGCCGACAGUCACCUGUGGAUGUCAGUGUUUGGUAAAGCAUGUAGCAGUUCUUUCACCCGUGUACAAAGAGUCUCGUGUUGUCUUUCACUGUUGUUCAGCGCUAUGAUUGCUAAUGCUAUGUUUUAUGACCUUGGUGGCAAAUCGGAUGGAGCUAUACAGGUUGGACCAUUCAAGUUUUCUGGGAGACAAAUCGUCAUCGGAGUGCAAAGCGGACUAAUAAUUGCACCUGUAAACAUUUUGAUUGUCCUCCUGUUUAAGUCUAGUAAACCAAGAAGGAAAAAGGCCGCCAAAUAUAAAGACAUUGACCAGGCCCAGCAAUUUGUGGAUGAAAUAAGGGACACAGGCUGCAUGUUGCCUCAUUUCUGUGUAUACUUUGGGUGGUUUCUCUGCUUUGUCACAACUAUUACGGCUGCAACGUUCACCUUAUUUUACAGCUUAAUGUGGGGCAAAGAAAUUGCCGAGCAAUGGCUCGCAUCAAUUUUGAUAUCAUCUGGUCAGGACAUUUUCGUGGUACAGCCAACAAAGAUUAUGUUCGCUGUUGUUAUAGUUUCAUUGCUCUUGACAAGAAACAAAGACGCCAGUGAAGAUCUAGAUGCGGAGCGGGACAGAGCUGAUGAUUGGAAGACAGAAAUUGAUUUUCUAAGCGAUAAUCCUAAAGCCCAAUUUAAACGAGAUAAGUUGGAGGCGAUACGUAAGCGAAGAAAAAAGGAGACUCGGUUGACAAUCAUGACUAGAGACAUAGUCCUUCAUUUGAUAUACAUGUUUUUUCUGGCAAUCGUAUGUUAUGGUAACAAGAACGGAAGCCGUUUCCUGAUGACAAGGACAAUGAUAAAUCCAUUCAUGACGUUUGAACUGGUAACUGAACCAAACGAACUAUGGGGUUGGCUGAGGCAAGAGUUCCUGCCAAACAUAUACAACCGCGCAUGGUACAAUGGACUUAAAGAGGAAGCAGAUCUGUAUAUUGAGAAUAAGAUGUCCAUAAUGAUUGGCAUGCCUUCGAUGCGACAACUGAGAAUAAAGAAAAGUCCAUGCGAAACCCCUCGUCAGAUCAUUCCAGACUGCUACUACGACUAUUCCGCUUCACAUGAAGAAACUACAUUGCUGAGUCUUCCAGGUUGGAAACCGCUCCCCUUAAAUACUUCAUGGCCUACAGCUCUACAGAUGUGUCCAAAACCAUGGCGUUACCAAACAGCCGAGGAGUUAAACAAUGGCCCAAUAAGGGCUACUUACAGUGCAUACGAUGGGGGUGGCUACGUUGCCGUCAUGGGAUAUAAAGAAGAUACUGCCCUUGGCGUGUCAACCGAGACCCUGGGUCACGGAUGGGUUGAUCGCCAGACUCGAGCGGUUAUUUUAGAGUUCGCAGUCUUCAACGUGAACACAAAUUUGAUCAGCACCGCUACCUACUUUUACGAGGUGAUCGCUACUGGGGCUGCCUACACUACAAAGAGGGUUGAUACACUCGAGUUAUACAGUACAGAGUCAGGAUCUCUGAUGUUCUAUCUCAUUUGCCAGUUUCUAUUCAUGGCCAUGGUGCUUUUCAACUUCAUCAUGAUGUUACUCCACCUUUACCGGCAACGCCUCGGAUUUUUCAAGUCCUUUUGGAAUAUGGUUGACCUCUUUAUGAUAAUCUCAUCCGUAGCGUCAGUGGCGUUCUACAUGAUAAGAUCGAAGAGUGUCUUGAAUACCAUCAAAGCCAUCCAAGCUAAUCCAUAUGAAAUUAUAUAUUUUCACACGGCCUUAGACUGGGCAAGCUGGGAAAAUGCCUCGCUUGCUUUUGCCAUUUUUAUUGUGACACUUAAGCUUUUGAAUCUCAUCCGUUUUAACCCUUAUGUUAUUUUCUUAUUUUCAUCAUUCCGUCAAUCCGUGGGCUACCAGCUAUCGUACGCUGGUUUCUUCUUGAUCGUCUUUAAUGCUUUUGUCAUAUCCGGAAUGCAGUUAUUCGGUGGCAUAGUCCUGCAGUAUUCAAGCUACCUCCAAGCAGUCAUGUCGCAGUUUGAAUUUCUUUUAGGAAAAGCUGUCCCACUUGACGAUCUUCGUAAUGAAAAGCCCUUUAUUGCACCAGCGUUUCUUUUCUUGUUCGUGCUAUCUAUGACGGUUUUCCUGAUGAACAUGUUGGUUUCGGUAUUAAACGAGUCCUACACUGACGCUAAGACACACGCCGAAGAAAGUGCCGAAGAGCUUGAAAUGGCACGCUUUAUUGGUGAAAGUUUCAUGCAGAUGUUUCAGGAAAACAGAAAGCGCGCUGAAUUCAAGUUAUUUUGUGACGAUACCACGUUCGUCAAUAUGUGUCGUUCCGAAGCAGAGCCUUCCUGUUUAAAUUCUCAAAGUAUCAUUCAUUGCACGGAAGAAAGGUUGACAAAAAUGGAUCAACGGAUAUCUGUUCUUACCCGACGCACGGAAAACAUUGAGGUUGACUAUAUCUCUGAAGAAGCAGAAUUUCUAGAUCUCGUCAAUUUGACGGCUAAGAGUUUCCGUUCAGAAUCAAAUUAACUGCAUCAGUUAAAGAAGCACAAAGAAGAAUUUAAAGAGAACAAGGCCUUCGUUCCUGACCGCCCUUUUUACUACAUAAUAGCAUUUAGUAUUUACACAACAAUUCGGUGGCCAAGUGGUUAUCGCACAUUCUGUAUGCCUCGGAAUGAGGAGUCAAUUAGAAUUUACACUACAGUCUAUACAGGUUUGGGGAGGCGCGGUGGCCUCAUUGUUAGUCGCCCUUGUUUCCGGAUCGAGCGGUCUGCGUUCGAGCACUGACCUGGGACAUUCCGCUGUGUUCUUGGGCAAGACACUUUACUCUCACAGUGCCUCUCUCCACCUAGGUGUAAAAAUGGGU